AUGACUUUGAUUGUUAAUCUCGUUGAGCAACUGCAAGCUGUUGGCAGAAGAAGUGAGCUUUUUAAUAUUUCACUUUGGUGCAUAUUUGGAUUUGGCGUUCUUAAAGCUACGACCUUCAUUUUAAGAACAUUAUCACUAAUCUUUGAUCUUUUCCUGCUUCCAAGCGUCAACUACUCUAAGUAUGGUGCUGGCAAGGGUAAAUACUGUGUUAUAACAGGUGCCAGUGACGGUAUCGGUAAGGAAUUUGCCUUUCAAAUGGCCCGUCGUCAUUUCAAUCUGGUUCUUAUUUCAAGAACAUUGUCCAAGUUGGAAACGAUACAGAAGGAAUUACAAGGGAAAUUUGGAGUCGAAGUUAAAAUCUUGUCUGUGGACAUUUCCCGUGAUGUUCCAGAAAACUACACUGCUAUAAGGGAAGUUUGUGAAGGCCUGCCUAUCACGGUUCUAAUUAAUAACGUUGGACAGUCUCAUUCUAUUCCAGUGCCAUUUUUGGCAACAGAGGAGAAGGAAUUGAGGGAUAUUAUUACCAUCAACAAUACAGCCACGUUAUUGAUUUCGCAAUUGAUCACCCCAAUUAUUGUCUCCACAGCAGCUUCCUCCAAAUGUCGUGGUUUAAUCUUGACCAUGGGUUCUUUUGCCGGUCUAAUCCCAACUCCUUUGUUGGCUACUUAUAGUGGAUCCAAAUCUUUCUUGCAAGGCUGGUCGAAUGCUUUGGCAGGUGAAUUGAGGGACAAGAAUGUUGACGUGGAGUUAGCUUUGUCAUACUUAGUGACAAGUUCGAUGUCAAAAAUUAGAAGGGCCUCAUUGAUGAUUCCCAACGCAAAAAAUUUUGUUUCAUCUACAUUGAAAAAUGUUGGUAGAAGAUGUGGUGCUCAAGAGAGAUUCAGCACUAUAACACCAUACUGGUCUCAUGCUCUAUACCAUUUCAUUAUCGAAGAAACAGUAGGUGUUUAUUCAAAGCUAGUGAAUUCUAUCAAUUAUACGAUGCAUAAGUCAAUUAGAGUAAGAGCUUUACGCAAGGCAGAAAGAGAGGCAAAGAAAGACUAA